AUGGCGUGCACACUCAGGCAUUCCUGCGCUACAAACUCCGCUGAGAGUCUUAACACUAUAGCCUUAACCAAGUUCCACGAGACUUACGCGAGAAAUGUCUUUCCUCUUGAAGACCUUGACGAGGCUGACGACUUCCUUUAUCAGCACACUGGUCAAUCCCUCACCUCAACUGGAUGGAGGAUGCUCUACCGACCUUUGGUGGACGACCGACACAGCUAUUCUCGAAUCCCUCCUAACCAAAUCCCGUACCCUCAACCAGGGGGGGGGGGGGCACCGGUCGCACAUUCCAACCAGAGGAGCGUCCUCAUGAAGCUUCUACGCGCAAUCCUGCGGCCUGUCAGCCAUCAGUCUACGAAUAUAGCGACGGAACAGCGUUCCACACCUGCGACAGGUCGAGGUCGUACGGGAGACACUUUACAGCAGGGGCGGCUGGAUGAUCAGCGUUGGAACGCCGGUAGAGCAAACAAUCAGGGCAAUGUCCGUGUAACAAAUGAGGCUCAAGACGGCUUCCAUCGAGCGCAACUGCAUGACCAGCGCUGGAACGCCGGUAUAACGAGUGGUACAGUCAACAGCCGCGUUGCAAACGAGCCGACACAACCUCAGCUAACACGGCCUCACGAAUCGACCCGAGUCGAAUCGCAGCUACAAGCUACACAUCCGCGAAUGCGCCAAACAUCACGUCAGCAAACUGAACUGAGCCGCAAGCGUCCCGCGAACAACCAUCGAGCUCAGCAACAACGAAACACAUAA